AUGGCCAGUGCUGGCAUCGCGUUUCCUACUUCCUCGCCUCAAACAACGACAUUUCCCGAUCACCCUACACUAGGCAGACGUACGAGUGUUGCAAGGCAGGAUAGCACCUCAAACUCGACUUCUGACCAGGUGACACGAAGGCCGGAUCCAUGGUGGAAGGAUAUCUCGCCCUCCGAGAGGGAUCUAUUUGUCCUUUCUACUGUCCUGAAAGUCCUUCUAUUUCCUUCAUAUCGGUCAACUGAUUUCGAAGUGCACAGAAAUUGGCUAGCAAUCACACAUUCUUUGCCUAUUUCGAAAUGGUAUUAUGAUACCACCUCUGAAUGGACGCUGGAUUAUCCUCCUUUCUUUGCCUAUUUUGAAUACCUUCUUUCGAUUCCAGCUUCAUUGGUCGACAGGAGAAUCGUGGACCUCAACAAUCUCAACUACGACUCUUGGUCUGUUAUAGCAUUUCAACGAACAUCAGUUAUCGUUACUGAGAUCGUGUUGGGACUUGCAUUAUUGCGUUUCAUACGUGGUGCUGUAGAACCAUCAACUCAGCGUAUAAUUUCGGCGUCUCUUUUCCUUCAUCCCGGCUUCUUAAUUGUCGACCAUAUUCACUUUCAAUAUAACGGAUUCAUGUUCGGUAUUUUGCUGUGGUCCAUCCUGUCGGCUCGUAACGGAAACCUGCUUGGAUGCGGAUUUUUCUUUGCAGUACUGCUGAAUUUCAAACAUAUUUAUAUGUAUCAAGCCCCCGCCUAUUUCGUUUAUCUUCUGCGGGCAUUUUGCAUGUCGCCACAAGGGAAACUGCGAUUCGGGAGUUUCUUAUCUCUUGCCAACAUUGUCAUUGCCGUGUUCGUGGUAUCCAUUGGGCCAUUCCUUCUCAUGGGUCAACUACCCCAGCUCGCAAGCCGCUUAUUCCCAUUUAAACGCGGAUUGAACCAUGCAUACUGGGCUCCGAAUGCGUGGGCCCUCGUUACGGCUCUGGAUCGUGUUCUGCUACAGUACGUAAGGAGAUUCGGUGCAAAAUUUGCGCUGAAUGUAGAGGGUGUAUCGUCGGCAUCAAGGGGGCUUGUCGGCGAUACCGUAUUUGCCAUUCUACCCAACGUAAAACCGUUGCACUGCUUCAUUAUCACAUUAGCAUUCCAGAGUAUCUUCAUGGUCAAGUUAUGGAUGACACCAACAUACAAGUCUUUCUUAUGUGCCCUCACGCUCUGUGGAUAUGUCUCCUACAUGUUUGGUUGGCAUGUUCAUGAAAAAGCCAUCCUUCUGGUAUUGGUUCCGCUAAGUCUACUCGCAGCUGAAAACCACGCGUUCUUCCGGACAUUUAUGCUUGCGAGUGUCGCAGGCAUCUACUCUCUAUUUCCGCUUCUCUUCACACCAGCUGAAACGCUUGUGAAAGUACUCUACUCAAUCAUAUGGAUGUAUCUUAUCUUCCGUCCAUUGCAGCGACGAGUUUAUGAGUUUCCCAGGUCGUUGCCAAUGGUGAUAGUCGAUCACCUAGAAAGACUAUACCUUGUCGGCUUUACCCUUCUUCAGGUUUUCGUCACUGUGUUCCCACUACUCACGGGAGAAGCGAAGCAAAAAGUCGAAGACAUGAAAACCGCGGUCGAUGGUGCCCAAUCGGAUUCCCAAGCAGUAAACUAUUCCACGAAGAGCGAAGGCUCGAUGGAGUUCUUACCACUAAUGCUCACGAGCAUCUACUGCGCUGUUGGUUUAACCUGGGCAUUCUUACGUCUUUCGUACAUAUACCUCAAGUCCCCUCCACGCUAAAUUCACAUGUAUAGAAUCGCAGCCGGGCAAAAUUAUAUGGACUAC